UAGGGGCUCUCGGGCAGUGCGGCCGUCCUGCGCAGGCGCCGCGAGGAAGGCCGAGUCUCUGCGGCCUGAGUGACGUCAGCGCAGGGCCUGGCGGACGCGUCCCGGCACCCACGCCUCAGAGCCCAGCUCCGCAGGGGCGAGGCCGCAGCCAGCUGUGCUCACAGCCAUGCCUCCGCCCAGGGGCGACGUGACCGCCCUGUUCCUGGGGCCCCCGGGGGCCGGCAAGUCCGCGCUCAUCGGGGCGCUGUGCAGCAGUGUGGACCUGGUGGAAAUCCCCGAGGGACGGCCGGACGCCGGCGUGCCCAGGCUGAGAGCCGCAGGCCCCGGGCUCUUCCUGGGCGAGCUGAGCUGCCCGCCCGCCGCGCCCGGGCCCUGGGCGGCCGAGGCCGACGUGCUGGUGCUGGUGCUGCCCGGAGCCGAGGGCAGUGGGGAGCCCUUGGCACCGGCGCUGGGCGAGGCGGCGCGGGCUGCCCUCGCCCGGGGAACCUCGCUGUUGACCGUACGGGCGCUGCGUCCCGGGGCUUCGCAGAGUGACGCGCAGACGCGGGAGCAGACCUCCGCCCUGCUGGACCGCGCGGGGCUCGGGGCGGCCGCCCUGUUCGUGCUGCCUGCGGACUGGGCGGGCAGCGAGGACUGCGAGGAGCUGGAGCGCCUGCGGGGGGCGCUGCGGAGCCGGGCGGAGGCGCUGCAGAGGCUCCUGCCAGCGGCCCAGGAUGGCUUCGAGGUGCUGGGUGCCGCCGAGCUGGAGGCCGUGCGGGAGGCCUUCGAGAAGGGAGGCCUGGAGGCAGCUCUGUCGUGGGUGCGAGCAGGCCUGGAGCGCCUGGGCAGCGCACGGCUGGACCUGGCAGUGGCCGGCGCCACAGGCGUGAGCCUCGUGCUGGACGCGCUCCUCGGACUGGAUCCCGGCCCCCCAGGGGCAGUGCCCGCGCCCGCUGGGCCCGCCCCUUUCCCGGCCCCGGAGCGCCCCAACGUGGUGUUCUGGGUUGUGCCGCUGGACCCCGCUGGUGGCGCUGCCCCGGCCGCCACCACCCCUCACCCGACCCACUACGAUGCCCUCAUCCUGGUCACCUCGGGGGCCCCCACUGAGGAGGACUGGGCCCAGGUCCGGGCCUUGGUGCCACCGGACGCGGCGCUCGUCUGCGUGCGAACAGAUGGCGAGGGCGAGGAUCCGGAGGCCCCAGAAGAGGAGACGGUGGGGAAGCCGGGCGGCGGGGGCCGAGUGGAGCCUGCGCCGGGAGACGGGAGGGAGAAAGCGGGCCCCGGGCCGCAGGCAGCAAGCGCAGGGGAGGGCCCGGAGAGGGCCGGGAGCCGGCGUCCGCAGCAGGGCGGCGGGGAUGCAGAGGGCUCGGCCGCCUUGAGCCCCGAAGAUGAGACCUGGGAGGUGCUGGAGGAGACGCCGCCGCCCGUGUUCCCCCUGCGGCCGGGCGGGCUCGCGGCGCUGAGCGAGUGGCUGCAGCGCGCGCUGCCCCCGGCCCAAGCGGGCGCGCUCCUGCUGGCGCUGCCGCCCGCGUCCCCCGGCGCGGCCCGGAGGAAGGCGGCCGCGCUGCGGGCCGGGGCCUGGCGGCCGGCGCUGCUGGCCAGCCUGGCGGCGGCAGCGGCCCCAGUUCCAGGGCUGGGCUGGGCCUGCGACGUGGCGCUCCUGCGGGGUCAGCUGGCGGAGUGGAGGCGGGCGCUGGGGCUCGAACCAGCGGCACUGGCAAGACGUGAGCGCGCCCUGGGCCUGGCUCCUGGGGAGCUGGCGGCGCGCACUCGCUUCCCGGGGCCGGUGACACGCGCCGAGGUGGAAGCCAGGCUGGGCGCCUGGGCGGGCGAGGGCACUGCCGGGGGCGCGGCGCUGGGCGCGCUCUCCUUCCUGUGGCCCGCGGGGGGCGCAGCGGCGACGGGCGGCCUGGGCUACCGCGCGGCGCACGGCGUCCUCCUGCAGGCGCUGGAUGAGAUGCAGGCAGAUGCAGAGGCCGUGCUGGCGCCCCCUGAACCCUCGCCGUGAGGGUUGGGGGCCUGACUGGCUGCUGGCCCCCGAGAGACUUAGGAUCUUAAGUCCCUGUUAGGGGGAAGGGGACGUGGGAGUCUGGGCUACUGGGGGUAACAGGGUGGGGGCAGGUGCUUGGAGGGGAGGAGAGACUGGGGGGCUCGGGGACUUGACCUCCAGGUUCCUGCGUGGGGAGGGGAGUUGGGGCCUGGACUCCCACGAGAGUAUCCAUCUUGUCUCCAAGGGAGCGGAAGCCGAGGUGGCUGGGCGUCUAGUCCUCCGGGGGAAGAAGCCGAGAUUCCUGGUGCCUGGGGACCUGCACUGGCUCCCGUAUGGGGAAGAGGGACCCGACCCCUUGGGCUCCACACCCCUCCCGGCAACAGUGGCCUUUGAGCCCUCACUGAGGGGAGGAGUCCUGUGAGCCUUGGACCCUAACUCCUGGGGGGGGGUGGGACCCCUUGGUGUCUUGGGGAGUAGGGACUGGUCCAACACCUGCUCUCGGGGGUCUCAAAUGUGGGAGGGGGCGACAGUCUGCACACGGCGGGCUCCGAGGGUCCCCAGAGACCAGGGAUGAGGCUUGUGGACGUGGGAGGGCUGGGACCCGUUCACCGGGGUGCCCCCACGGGUCCCUCACGUAGUGGGAUCCUGGUGGCGGCGGCUGUCUUGCAGUGGGACUGCUCUGUGUUGGAGGUGUUGAGUGAGGGGGGCUCUCUCGGGGGUGUCUCUCUUUGCCUCUCUUUCGGGUCUUUAUUCUUUUUCAGCCUCGGUUUCUUCUGUCGCUAAACCUUAACCCUUUCUGACCUCGCUGUUUGUGCACCUGCCUUUUUGGAGAAGCAGCUGUGCUGCGGCACUGGUCCAGAUGUGUGAGGGGGCGUCCUCGAGAGGUGCUGCCCUCUGGUGUACGCACAGGGUGUUGCAGUGAGCAGGCGGCCCCGAAUCGGAGAAUGUGCCAGGGUCUGGGCUGCCAGCUCCGUGCGCGGGGGAAGCCGCGGGUUACAGAGUGCUGCCGUGUCCGAUAGCGAAGGGGGCCUGAGGGGCCGUCUAGAAUCUCAUGGUAGAGGGAGUCAGGUCUGGGAAGGGCAGGCUGGAAGCCAGCAGCGCACAGCAAGGCCCGUGCGUUGUCUGCCCCUGCCCCAUCCCAUCCCCAUCCAGCCUGGCAGAUCUUCCUUCCUGUGCUCGAAUAAACCACCUUGGGCUCUGCCUCAGGGCCUUUGCACUGCCGUUCUGCUCCUGGCCCCUGCCCAGAUGUCCUCCGGAGAGGCCUUCCCUGUCCUCCCUAAGGGCGCCGCUCACACAGUCCCGUCCUUGAUCUCGACCAGCCGAUCUGCCUUGUGCUGGCUAUGACGUCAGAAGUGAUUUUGUUUACUUGCCUUUUCGUUGUGCGCUGAUACUUUGCCUGUCUCAUCCUCUGGUAACCCCCAGCAGCUACAACAGUGCCUGACACACAGCAGGUGCCUGGUAAGUUCUAACCCAUUGGCCGGUGGGAGAGCUGGGGCUGCGGUUUGGAUCCUUGGCCUCUCGGCACAGGACGGAAAAGGGAACGAGAUGGGGAGGAACAAGCCUUUAGUGGGAGCAGGUGCCCCUGCCUGGGCGGGGGGCCUGGGUGGCGGGCACAGGUGCCUUAUCUUCCCAUCUAUGACCCUAAGGGCUGGACCAGAACCACAAGGACCCCCAGGUCCUGUUUCCCGUGACGGCUGUGGACCAGGGCAGGAGAGCCGAGGGACAGUGCCCCCUCCAGCUCGCACCCCCACCCCCAUACAGACAGGGAAAGCAUUUGUCCUGAGAACUUAUCCACCCCCCCCCCCCCGGGGACUGCUACGUCCACGUCUGGAGCACCAGGUACACCUGUGUGCUGCCCCACCUCGGCCUGGGUUCCGUCCCCUCGGUGCGCGCGGCAGCCGUGGGGCUGAGGGAGCAGUGCUGAGCGGUGCAGUCCGCUCCGUAUGUAACACCAGAGACACUCCCAGGCUCGGUGGAAACCGGGGACUCACUGUAACGCGUUCUGCUUAACCCCGUCUACCCGUUAUGGCUGCUUCCCCGUGUGAUCAACGUCCGGUACCGCUCGGUUAUUUUACAGUCAUUUAUGCUAAGUCUUUGAAGUCUGGAAGGUCAUUAACACUGAGCACAAGCCGAUCUAGAUGACAGGUGCUCAUCAGAAAUGCUUUACCUCUAUUUAUUUAUUUAAUUUAUUUAUUUGAGAGCGUGCAUGUGCCCCCAGCCGCUAGUUCCGUCCCCGGCUGAGGCCUGGUGCCCAGAACCCAGUCACUUACGAUGUCGCCACAGGAGCCAGAGCCAGGUCUAGAACCCGGGUCCCCCAGCAUGGAACGUGGCCACCUUAACCGUUAGGCUCAGCGCCCACCCACGGCCUGCACUGGCAUUUCACAGAGGUCAGAGCUGGGGGGGAUUCGCAGACUCAAGGACGUGACACUUGUCCAGUGGCUGGGGGGAGUAGGACCCUUAAAUGCAUUAAGUAGACCUGGAAGUCCAGCCCCUCAGUUGCACGGGUCACAUUUGCAGUGCUCGGUGGCCACACGGGGUUGGCGGUUACCACACACACACACACACACACACACGCCGCAGCAGCUCCACGGCACAGGAAGUUGUGGUCGCAUAGCUAGCUCUCGGGUCUUGACUGAGGGAUGCCCUUGAACAAACCACUCAGCAAGUGACAUCUACCUCGCAGAGUUAUUGUGAGAACUGUGUAUGCGGCUCCCGCCCCCACGCACACACACACACACAGCAGACCGCAGCGACCGGCCCCGGGCUCCCCGUCUCCCCAUCACCUGUGCUCACGGACUGCACUGCUCUCACUCCGCCAGCGGCUCGGGUCCGGUCCUGUCUGGUGUCGCUGCUCCGUGCGAUUCCCUCUGCCCGUGUGCCGCGGAGCGCACGCCGGAGCAGGCAGGACAGCUGUGUGUGCGGGUGUGUGUGUGUGUGCGUCCCCCGAGGAAUCUGGAUGCGCUGUGCUGCUGAUGAGCGCCCUCGGAUUUCGCGGCUUAUGGGGGAGGCUGCCUUUUAAGUAAGCAAGACCCGGGCUGCGCCAGGUUGUGUCUGGGGAGCGUCCUGCGACCCCCUUGUGGAUGAACACUGACAGCCGCGCGUGGGGGAGGGGGUGUCUGAGCAGCACCUCGGGGCUGGAAGACCCUCGAAGGUGGGGACUCCCGGAAAUGGGUGACGGGUCUUGGUGUUGCCACUGCGCCCAGUAGGACAGGCACAAAAAACCUGGGUGAACGGCCAAGAACCUCCUCGCAUGCUGAGCUCCUGCGACGCUACGUGAUGACAGAGUGACUGGUGUCCACCGCAGGGGGGACCAUGAAGGACAGACUGGGGAGUGGGCAGCCUGUGGUGCUUUUUGGAAGAAUGAAUAAAAACAAGUAGAAAUCGCA